AUGAACAACAUCUUGAUGAGGUUGUUUCCACAGCUUCCCAGGCAUCAGCAGGUGGCAGUUGCCGUGCCGCUCGGCUUGUCGAGCGGGCCAGCCCCUCCGCCCAAGGAUCCUGGCCAAAGUUCCAUAUCACAUGUCGGGCCCAAAGCAAAGUCUCUUGGGAAGUCCUGGAAAGCCAAGAUGUCUGACAACAGGCUUGCCGCGCUUGUAAAGUGGGAAAGGAUUGUGGAAGCUCACUCCGAGCACUUUGGCUUUGUUGCGGAAGCCCGCCGUGAGCCUGAGCUGGCCUCGUGCUCCUUGCAUGAUGUCUUGAGCGACAUUUUCUCGGUGAAAGCCAGCAGCACUUUGCAUACUCGUUCAGGCCCCCUGCUUCGAUUCCUUAAGUUCUGUCACGAUGAGGGGCAGGCACCAUUUCCUCUUCGUGAGAGCCUGAUUUACUUCUUCCUCAAGCAAUAUGGUUCUAAGCAGGCCCCUACGUUUGCUAGCAGCUUUCUGGGGUCUCUGGCGUUUUGCUACCAUUUGCUAGGCCUGAGGUGUCAAGAUGAGGUUUUCUCCAACAGGGUGACCGGGGCGGCCCGAGGCCUUUUCCUUGAAAAGAGAAAGCUUGUGCAGAAGCCACCGCUUCUGGCUGCAUUCGUUCUUGCCUUGGAAAAUAUUGUUCUCGGUCAGGGCGAUUUUAGCUGGGCGGACAGGUACGCUGCCGGAUGCUGCCUUUUUGCGAUCUAUGCCCGUGCCAGGUUUAGUGAUAUGCAGUCUUGUGGAAACAUCUUUGAGGAUAUUGCCUACAUUGACGGCGAGCCUCACGGAUUCUUGCAAGCCGAUGUCACCAGGACGAAAACUGCAUACACUUUGGAGAGAAAAACAAAGUUCUUAGCAAUGUGCGCUCCGAUCUGGGGCUUGGCUGAGAAGCCGUGGGCAAUCGCUUGGAGAGCUAUCGCUAAGGAUCACGGCCCUCCCUGCGGGGAGGACUUGCCUCUGUUGCCCUCUCCCGUGGAGGGUGGGGGAUGGCAGGAAUCUCCUGUCGGCGUUGAGGUUGGGGCCCGCUGGCUCCGCAGCCUCCUUCAUCGCAUGGGACUUGAGCCUGCUGCUGGGGUUAGGCUUUUAGGGACCCAUUCGAUGAAGGCUACGGUUUUAAGCUGGGCCGCAAAGUGGGGCAUGACCAAGGAAUUGCGUAUGAUCUUGGGGUACCACAGCUCCUCUAGAUCCGACAGUGAUGUGGUUUACGGCCGAGACAACGUAGCCCCCGCGCUGCGAGAGCUGGUUUCCAUGCUUCAGUCCAUUGCCCAAGGUACUUUCAGACCGGAUGCCACUCGAAGCGGCAUGUUCGUAUCGAUUCCAGUUCCUGCUGAGUCCGGUGAUGGAGAUGACAUAUCUCUCUCUUCUGAAGGCAGCGAAGACGAGGAGAACAAGGACCCCACCGUGGAGGACGAGGCCGUCGAUUCAGUUGUUGGCUUUUGGGAGCCCUCGGAAGGGGUCCGUGAGAAUCUUGAGAAGGCGCCAACUGGCGGAGGCGGCAACAUGGCUGCUUCUUACUCAGAUAGCCGUAGUGUUUUUGAUGCCAGGGUAGACGCAUGUGGGUUGCCGCGGGAAGAUGCUGCGAAGGUCAAGGCUGCUGUGGGUACACUUCGGCAACUUGCUUUCAUAUCCAGCUUUACUCCGGGUCAAGCGGAUGAGGCCCCACUUAUGGCUGCUCUGAAGUCGAUGCUGAGCCGGGAUGCUGAAUUGGCUGUUCAAGCUAGUUUCAGGGCAUUAUACCACGAGGCUUAUGCUAUCGUUACUUCGGAGAUGCGUCAAAAGAUCGAGAAGAGUGAAGAGCCCACGGCAAGGAGGCUCACCCAGCCCGAGCGUGCCGAGAGGCAUGAGAAGCAAGUCGCGAAGCUCGUGGGCGUGCUUAUCAAGGGCCCUUCGGAGCCCAGCGAGGCACUCGUCGAUAAGGCCGUGUCAGCUUAUGAGCAAAAUGAGCUGAGGUACAUUUCUUGGGAAUCUUGCACCUCCCGGGAACAAGAGGUUGCAUCGGAACGCAAGAAGGAUACUCGCUUUACGAUCGAUGAGCACUCUGGGAAGCUCAAAGUUGAGAACAAAGAUGCUGAGGACAAGGCCUCCACUGCGUCGGAGGUCCAUGUGCUUCAGGCUUUGCAGAGGCGAUCACUUGCCCUGGAUCAGGCCAAUCUUGUUGAGUACACCCUGAUGCAGCAAUGGUCGGACCGCCUGUUGCGAGCCAGGAUGGACGAUCCGCCGCCCCAGUACAGCCGUCCGUCCUGGAGCCAGCUUGUGGCUGCAGACAAGAAGCUCUUUAGUGAGUUGAGAGACCUGACGAGAGACGGAGUUCAGUCAUCAAGUGGAGGGGUACGCCCGCUCGACAAGCACCUCCCUGCUGUGAUGAUGUCGUACGAUGUGGUCUGCUUGCUCCAGCCCAUGCCUCAGUCGGCCAGUGGGCGGAGCUCCGAUGAUUCCGGCAAGGAGCGCCCCGCUCCCUACACUCCCAAGGGUCCUAGAAAGGGCGCUGGGAAAGGCAAAGAGGGCAAGGGAAAGGGAAAUGAUUCGGAUGCCCAAGCCAGCCAGAGCUCGGGACCGGAACACUUCCUCGGCGGAUCAUCUUUCGAAGCGGAUGCGCAUGGGUGCCUGAGCUUUUUCGACAGCCUCCCAAACGAGUCAGUUGGGACCAAAGCCCAAUCUCAUCGAGACCAGGAGGUGAAAGUUCUGACUUCGUUGAUUCGAGCCGUCGACCCAACGAUGCUGUUUUCCAGUUUGGUCGUUACCGAGGAUUCUCGUGUUGGUGUCCACAAAGAUGCUCAGAACGUCUGCAUCCAGAACUUGGUCAUCCCGAUGACUCGUUUUGGGGGAGGCGAACUGCUUCUAGAGGAUCCCACGGGAUCCUUGGUUCAGAGGGGUGAGAUUUCUUUCAGGGCUCGCGCCGUGUCCUUGGAUCAGGGCUCGGACCGCCUCGCAACAAAAGAUUCCCAGUUGCUUCGCAAGCUGGGGUUCGCAUUGCCGAAUCAGGGGCCUAUCCACGUGACCCCGCUGGACCUUUCUCGCCCCCUGUCUUGGCAAUACGUGAAGAGGCUUGUACAAGCUGGGGAUGUGUUCGUGGUACAUCUCUCUCCGCCGGCUCGCGGUUCGCUUGCCGAUGCAGUGGCUCCGCUCGUCGCUGACUUCUGCUGCUGGCUCCGUUCCGAAUUUCCUUCUGUGCACUUCUCCGUUGUGUGCCCCGCCUCCGCGGCACUUUGGAAACAGUCUGGCUUGCUGGAUCUUCAGCGGUCUUGCAUUCAGGUCUCCUUUGAUGCGGCCGGCUGUGGUCCCGGGCCACAUGAAAGCUUUCUCUUGAUGUCUUCAUUGCCCGAACUUCGGGUUUUUGAAACUCCGGCCGAUGCCUCGAAGAUCCCCUCCGGGAGUCAGGUUCGCGCGGCUGCCGCCGCGCCAUCGUUCGUGCGCACGAACCACUUUUGUGAAAGGUUUGCAUCUGCCGUCGCCCUGGCCGCCGGUCAACUUGACACUGUGCCGACACAAGCCCUUGUUACCAAUGCUUCGGCCCGUACCGCCAAUCAGCUCCAGCCGCGUGUUUCAAAGGCCGUCGUGCUAGUCGAGGAAUACCACUAUCAAGUUACCGUGCCCGCACCUUCGAGUGCCCUGCCCUCUCUUUUUGCGGAGCGAGCUUUGAAUGUUGGCCAUCCUUGUGACAUGUGCAGGGCGCUACCCGAUCAAGCUAUGACCGUCCUGGGCCAUCUGCUCAUCGAGGGUCCUGUCAAGGUCCUCAGACGAAGGCUGGAUAUGAUAACCCAGUGGAAAGCUUGGGCAGCCGAACUAGAACCGGCCGAACUGCACAAAUCUUUAGCCCCUUCCGUUGCCGAAGUGGUCAAAGGAAAGCGCCUGCUCCUCCUUGAUCGCAUAGCCAAAUCCCUGCAAUGGCCUGACACCCGCUUGCAUCGGGAUAUGACCAGUGGUUUCAAGAUCGUGGGCGAGGAGAACCCGAGCGGAAUUUUCCCCCUUGAGCCUCGACCUGCGACCCUCACGCCUGAGGAGUUGCUGGCUCAGUCUCGGUCAACCAAGCCCUUGAUCUGGGAACAGAUCAACGACGCUCCACUGGAUGCGAACUCUCGUGAGCUUUUUGAAAUCACUGAGGCUGAAUACCGCGAGAAGGGAUGGCUUGAACAACCACGCACUUGGGAAGAACUUGAGCUUUUGUUCGGGGAUUGGCUCCCGGCCAAAAGGUUUGGUGUACGCCAACGCGACAAGUUGCGCCCCAUUGACGACUUAGCCGCCAACGGUGCAAACAGUGCAUUUGCCGCUUGUGACAAGCUCACCUUGCGUGCUUUCGAUGAGCUUGUUUGGUGUGCCACUUACAUCAUGCGAGUACUUGUGCAAAAAGGAGCCGUCCACCUUGUCCUCUCCUGUGGUCGGGUGAUCUCGGGACCUCUCCACGACUUCUGGAAAAUCAAGACCGAUCGUGCCCGCCCCUUGUUGAAAACUAUCGACUUGAAGGCGGCGUAUAAACAGCUACCGCUCCACCCGGAGCAUCGCAGGUUUUGUGUGGUCGCCUUGAAACACCCAGACAGCGGCCAAGUGCGGGGCUACGCAUCGAGAGUCCUGCCCUUCGGGGCCUCGGGGAGCGUGACAUGCUUUAACAGGGUUGCACGCUUGAUCCCACGGAUUCUUCAGGAAGCCUGGAUCUUAAACUGUAACUAUUUUGAUGAUUUUCCGGUGUUGGAGUUAUCCGCCCUGUCGGGGAGCGCCGACUCCACUGCCCAUUGCAUACUUGACCUACUCGGCUUCGAGUGCUCUACCGAGAAGGAAGAGCCGUUCAAGAGCAGUGCCGACGUCUUGGGAGUCACUGUAGACCUUUCUUGUGAAGACUUGUCCGAGGUGCGUGUGCGCAACCGGGAGGUAAAGUGCUGCGAGGUGGCGGCCUCCGUCGAUGAGGUUCUUGAGAGGGGCGCCAUUCGGUCUGCGGAAAUCGCUUCUCUCUUCGGGAGGAUUCAGUUUCUUGAAGGGCAGCUUCUGGGACGUAUGGGGCGACUGGCUUUGUCUGAGCUUCGCUCCCUUGGGACUUCCGGGGGUAUCCUCAAGCUCGGUGACUCAGAACGUCAUGCCUUCCAGAAUCUUCGUGAGCGUUUGCUUCAUGGACCGCCUCGGGCGAUCUCCGCUCGCCCACCUGGGGCUAAUGUUAUUGUGUUUACAGACGGCGCCUGCGAGCCGGAGGGUGAUAGCAUGCUGUGCUCCAUCGGUGGGGUGCUGUAUGUUGAGAGCUCCGGCAAGUGGGCCACUCGAUACUUUGGCUGCCGACUGCCCGAUUCGCUUGUCAAGACUUGGAGUGCUUCUGGGAAGAAACACUUGAUAGGGCCCGUUGAGUUGUACGCAGUGGCGACGGCAAGACUGUUGUGGCGAGAGCAUCUCGAUUUCGCCAAAGGCAUUUUCUUCAUCGACCACGCCGGUGUGCACGCCGCGUGUGUCAAUGGAUCGUCACACGAUCGCCUCUGGCGGCUCAUCCUUUUGAAGCUUGAGGAAGCGGAUGCCAAACCUAUGAUCGCCUGGUAUGCCCGCGUUCCUAGCCAAAGCAAUCCUGCAGACCCUCCGUCUAGGGGGUCCAGCCUUUUCCCAGUGUGGGGCACAUGCUCGAGGGAUCAUCCGAAGUGCUGCAUAUCCGGCGAGCUCUUGAGUUCGUUUGGUGAGACGGGAGAUUGUUGA